AUGGAAGCCGUACAAGACUGGGCAAGCUACCUCUUCCGCAAUGGAUACCUCACCCCCGGCCUCUUUGGCCCUCUCAACACCCUCAACAACAUCUUCCACAAAUACGCACUCCCCACCUUCCAGUCGCUACUCGAAAAGCCCGAUCUCACAAAGAUCGCCCUCAUGCUCGUGAUCCUCUACAUCUCGCUCAAACUCGUCAACAUGCUGGUCCAAAGCGUGCUCUUCUGGGUGCGACUCGCUUUCCGCAUCACCUUCUGGGGCGGCCUCGUUGUGCUGGCCUUCUGGCUUGCGCAGAGAGGUGUCGAUGGUGCGGCUGAGGAUGUGAGCUAUUGGAUUAGGAUGUGGAAGGGUGAAUUGCAGCACUACAAGAGCCAGGCAGAGCAGAUUGCAUACGAGCACAGUCAUGGUUACGGAGGCAAGCACGGCUAUGGUAGUGGUUACAAGCCUGCCGCUUCCAAGAAGCAGUGGUCAUUCUAA